AAGAGUAAAAAAAGGGAUGAAUAUUAGAGUGAAAUUUACAUGAAAUUACAUCCAUACUUCUAUAGGAGUCAAGAGUUUAGCAGUUACUCUAUAUAAUAUGUAGUAAAAUCUUUCUGAAUGCAUAGUUCUAAAGAUCAUACACUUUGACAGCCAUGGAGUUACACCAACGUAACACCACAAAAAAUGCUACUCACUCCGAUAAUAAUUCACCCUUUCCGGUCAAAACUUCGAGUCGAUGGAGUUUGCCGUGCAAAGCAGUUUACUUCAUUGUUACACUCUCCAAAAAAGCAAACAAAAACACACAUCUCUACAAAAGAGUACUUAUCCGUUCUCCGCCUUAUGUCGUGCUUGAUGUAGAAACUGAUUCUGUUUCUUCUAUCCAUGACAACGUACAAGGAUCGUCGUUGUUGUCGUUGUCUUCCUUCUCUAUUAACCAACAAACCCUCACUUCCAUCACAAGGGACAAGAACCUUGAAUCACUUUCGCAACUUGGCGGUGUAAAGCAUCUUGCUUCAACACUAGGAACCAACAAUGAAAUUGGUGUAGAUAGCACUAACACUCCUGAUAUUUUGCAUCGAAAGAGUGUUUUCGGGUCUAAUUGUUUCCGAAAACAGCCUAAUAAAACCUUCCUCAGUUUCGUAGUUGAAGCCUCGAAAGACACCACAAUCAUCAUUCUUUUGAUAUGUGCUUGCCUCUCCUUAGGAUUUGGCAUGAAGCAGCAUGGCCUAAAAGAGGGGUGGUAUGAUGGGGGAAGCAUCAUUAUAGCAAUAUUCCUCGUUGUUUCGGUUUCUGCCAUCAGUAACUUCAAGCAGAGCCGACAGUUUGAAAAGCUCUCUAACAUUGGCAGUGACAUACAGGUUGAAGUAUUGAGAGAUGGAUGCCGCCAACAUAUAUCCAUCUUUGAAGUUGUUGUGGGAGAUAUCGUGUAUUUGAACAUAGGAGAUCAGAUUCCGGCUGAUGGGUUAUUCUUGGAUGGUUAUUCCUUAAAGGUAAAUGAAUCAAGCAUGACCGGAGAAAGUGAUCAUGUCGAAGUGGAUGACAGGAAUAGCCCUUUUUUGUUCUCUGGCACAAAAGUGACAGAUGGUUAUGGGAGGAUGUUGGUUACUUCAGUAGGGAUGAACACUACAUGGGGUGAAAUGAUGAGUUCCAUAAGUCGAAAUUUGGAUGAAGAGACUCCAUUACAGAAACGGCUCAAUAAACUCACUGCAUAUAUUGGUAAGGUUGGGGUUCUUGUUGCAUCACUUGUUCUUAUUGUACUGUUGCUUCGGUAUUUCACAGGACACACUUUAGAUGAACAUGGAAAUAGAGAAUUUAAUGGAUCGAAAACAAGUACUAAUGAUGUAAUGAAUGCAGUCAUAGACAUUGUUUCUGCAGCGGUUACCAUUAUUGUUGUAGCCAUUCCUGAGGGUCUCCCCUUAGCUGUGACUUUAACUCUUGCUUAUUCGAUGAAGAAGAUGAUGGGAGAUAAUGCCAUGGUGAGGAAACUCUCUGCUUGCGAAACUAUGGGUUUGGCUACUACUAUAUGCACAGACAAAACCGGUACACUCACUCUUAACCAAAUGAGUGUCACUGAAUUUUGGCAGGGCAGAGAAGUGGUUCAGAAUCCCUUCUCUUUAUCAAAGAUUGUUCUCGAGUUGCUUUAUCAAGCAGUUGGCUUGAAUACAAGUGGAAGUGUCUGUCAAUUGCCUUUUGCAAUAGUUCCUGAGAUAUCUGGCAGUCCGACUGAGAAAGCAAUCCUAAAAUGGGCUAUAUGUGAUUUGGAGAUGCAGAUGGAAAAACUGAACAAUAAUUUUGAGGUUCUGAAAGUUGAGGCCUUCAACUCUGAGAAAAAGCGAAGUGGGGUUAUGGCUAGGAUGAUGAGCGACAUUAAAGUAGUGCAAGUGCAUUGGAAGGGAGCAGCAGAGAUGAUUUUAGAUAUGUGUUCGAGUUAUUAUGAUCAAGGAGGGAUGCUUGUGAGGUUGGAGGAAGAAGAUAAUAAAUAUUUCCGGGGAAUAAUUCAAUACAUGGCAGCACAAAGCCUAAGAUGCAUUGCUUUUGCUCACAAACAAGGAAACGAAGGCAAUGCCACACAGCAGCUUGAUGAGAGUGGCCUCACAUUGCUAGGUAUAGUUGGGUUGAAGGAUCCAUGUCGGCCUGGUGUCCGAGAAGCAGUGGCAUCAUGCAGGAAAGCAGGAGUUAGUGUGAAAAUGAUUACUGGGGACAACAUUUUCACUGCGAAAGCCAUUGCUGCAGAAUGCGGAAUCCUCAAACCUGAUGACCAAUCAUUACAUGAAGAAGCUGUCAUAGAAGGUAUUCAGUUCAGAAAUUACUCUUCUGAACAAAGAAUGGAUAAAAUUGACCACAUUCGAGUAAUGGCAAGAUCAUCCCCGUUUGAUAAGCUCCUCAUGGUCCAGUGCCUAAAAGAAAAAGGCCAUGUAGUGGCAGUGACAGGUGAUGGUACAAAUGAUGCCCCUGCUCUUAAAGAAGCCGAUAUUGGGUUAUCAAUGGGUAUCGAAGGGACUGAAGUCGCAAAGGAGAGCUCCGAUAUAGUCAUCCUAGAUGACAACUUUGCUUCAGUUGUCACCGUCUUAAGGUGGGGUAGAUGUGUUUACAACAACAUCCAGAAAUUCAUUCAGUUUCAACUCACAGUAAAUGUGGCCGCGCUUGUAAUCAACUUUGUUGCUGCAGUUUCUUCAGGAAAUGUUCCUUUGACAGCAGUCCAACUGCUGUGGGUGAACUUGAUCAUGGAUACCUUGGGAGCAUUAGCUUUGGCAACUGAAGAACCAACAAAUGAUCUCAUGGAAAAAACUACUGUACCUGUAGGAAGAACUGAGCCACUCAUAACCAAAGUCAUGUGGCGAAACCUCAUUGCACAAGCCUUUUAUCAGAUGACCAUCUUGCUGAUCCUACAGUUUAAGGGUCAGUCAAUCUUCGGAGUACAGGAGAAGGCGAAGGACACCCUCAUCUUCAACUGUUUCGUGCUAUGUCAAGUAUUUAACGAGUUUAAUGCAAGAAAGCUGGAGAAAAAGAACAUAUUUAAAGGUAUUCUUAAAAACAGGUUGUUUCUAGGGAUAGUUCUGAUUACUGUUCUUCUUCAAGUGGCAAUGGUAGAAUUUCUCAAGAAAUUUGCAGGUACUGAAAGGUUGAAUUGGGUUCAAUGGUGCGUAUGCAUAGCACUUGCUGCGAUCAGCUGGCCCAUCGGCUGGCUCGUAAAAUGUAUUCCGGUUUCCGACCAGCAUAGCAAUCUCUCGGCCCGCAGUUAAAAUUCCUGCCAUUGACCAUAAAACAAACAUCAGUGUCAAUCUGACUCAUGAUAAAAGAAAAAGUUUUUGCUGAUACUAAUCUGAGUCAUUGCAUAUACUUUUUAGUCAGUGGAUCUAGAAUAGUACAAAUUAAGACUUUAUGGAAUAGUUUGUCAAUAAUGAAAUGCUUUUAUUAAACUCCAACUUCAUGGCAAAUCUACAUCAAUAAUACAAUAUGCAAUUAACUAUUAUCAAUCCAGACAACAAAG